GACGGUCACUCUAAAUUUUAUUUUUGUUGCGGGAGGUUCGCGGCGCGCGUGCUGAGCAAAUCGAACAAAAUUUGCGACAUGAUAAACAAAUAAAUGUGCGGCGCAUUGUAUCAGUGAUGAACGGAUAAAAACCCCGUAAAAAGGGUAAGGCCAAAACCGCAGGGCCAAGCCAAUUUCGUUUUGUGUUAAAUUGUUCGAGUUUUCAACGUAUAGUCCGCGUCUCAAACCGUAUUCGAUGUUUUUCUUUGUACCCAAGUAAAUUGCCAACAAUUUAGCCGCUAAAAGUGCCAAAAAGAUCCAGAAUAAAAAAUAAAAACGGCAAAAAGAAUAAAGCGAAAAAGUAAGCAACGGAAAUCGGUGUUUUGCUCUCUCUCUUUCGCUCAUCCUCGCCAUGUGUGUGCGUGUGCAUGUGUGUGUUGGCGUCGCUAAAAAGUGCAUGUGAAAACUAUAAGCCGAAGAAAAACAGGCUUAAAAGUUAAUAAAAUCAGCGAAAGUGGGAAAAUCGGUGGAAAAACAACACAAAUAUGGUGGCCCUAAACUAAAAUAAAGUUUAGAUUUAAAAUAGAAACCGAGCCAAUUGCAGUGCGUGCACUUGUAUGUGCCGCUGCAUAUCUGUGUGUGCGUGUGGAAGUAAAGCAAAAGCAAAAAAAAACUGUUUUUGCAGCCGGGGUACAAAUUCCAAUUGGAGUCUGUAGGAGCAGUAGUUCUCAUUUGACGCAUGCGUGGCUGCCAAAAACUCAACCGAAAGUACGAGGAUAUUGAAUGGCUUCGAGUUCGAGUGGAUUGGAUGUGCUCGCCGCAGACUCACUGAAUGUCCAAUGAAUUUCGACUUUCGCACAAUUUGCGCGCUUUUCACACUCGAUUAUUGGAAUUAAUUUAGAUACGUAAAGCCGACAUUUUAUCAAAAUAACGAAAAAGUAUUUUGCAUAAAAACGAACGAAAAUCGAAAGGAACGCCUGAAGGUCAUUGCCAGAGAGCGGAACGGCGGCAACGGAACGGAAAACAAUGGAAAUGAGGGGAAGCCAGGCAGACAUGCAAAUUUCUGGCGACUUUUGAGGGGUUUGAUUACCAUAACUCGCUCUCUAAAUAACACAGUAUAUCCCCCACAUGCACACAUGUCAAAAAAAGCCAAAUAAAGUUGAAGAACAAUGGAAAUGCAACAGGAAAACGAGACGGGGCGCGAAAGGGGGACCCCACAACCAGAGAAAGAAGCAGCGAUGAUAAGCAACCAAGAGACUGAAAAAGCGGCCAUGAUAAAGGGUGGAGACGAAGGAUCGGUUAGGGAAUCGGAGUGCCCAAGCGAAACCACCACCCGAAAUCAAGAAAACACAACGAAACCCCCCAACCUGGAUGGUACUUUUGCCAUACCAGCCACGCCCCCGAAUAGGGCGGGGCUAACCACAAAAUCGGCCAGCAGUAGCCGCAGUAGUUCUCUCAAGAAGCAGAGGCGUGGUUCAAGAGGAAACGCAAAUUCCAACGGGAAAGGAACUGAAAAUGAAGUUGCUAAGGGCGCCGUCAGCGGCGGUCAACUUAACUACGGCAACGACAGUGUUGGAAACGACUUAAUGAAGCAGUCACAGUCCAUGACGUCAUUGCAGGCCUCAAACGAGGAGCAGCAGGAGCGACGUGACGUCAUCCAGGCCAAGCUCCAUUUGGAGCGGCCCUACAACAGCCUCAAGAAAAACUCACACAGCAAUAAAAUGCACCGUUAUUCGUGGGGAAGUGGAAACAGUCAGUGCAGUUCGACCAGUCUGCACAGCAGCGCCACCUUGGGGCUGGGCUCGUCGGGCAAAGACGACCUCUGGGCGGCCAUUCAAACCAACUACAACUACAUCAUGGACACAAACCUCUUGGACACUUGCAAAGAGGCGCGCUGUGAGAUAGAGGGCGCCGCCACAGUGCUGGAAAAGUCCAGCGAGUCUUGUUUUAAGAUGCUCGAUGAGGCCCAACGACCGGAGGGUCUCUGCGAGGAUCCCAAGGAGUUAAGGCGUUGGCUGCGCGAAAUGGAGAACAAAUUGGAGAGUUCGCCGACCAUCACGGAACUAACUUUGUUUGGCAACGCGGACUUGCAGCGCCAUCUAGCAGUACACUCGGUGUUGUACCAUGAAAUUGUAUCACACGCUCGAGUGGUGAGCUCUUGCAUCCGCGCCGCCGAAAAGGAGCAGCAACUCCAGCAGCAGCAACAGCAGCAGCAACAACAAUUGCAACUGCAGCAGCAACUGUCGAGCCAGCAACCCGCCUCGUUGACCAGCAACUGCUCCAGUGAGUCAACCAGCGACUCGGCCACCAAGUCGAGCAGUCUGAGCAGUGGCUUCGCCUCCGAACCGGUGACCACACCCACCGCUGCCACAGCAACCACCUCGGCUGCCCCACCGCCCAGUGGCAACCACCCGUCCAAGAAGGGCGAAGGAAACUUGGAGCGACUAAGGGAUCGCUACCAUCUUCUCUAUCUGAAGGCCUUUGAACUGCAACUGUGCCUCGAUAAUCUACUGAGGAAACGCAGCUCCACAGCGAACGGCUUGGAUGACGACGACCAGGAAGAGGAGGAGGACACCGAAGACGACUCUUUCGGCUACGAGGGCGAAGCCACCGAGGACGAUCUGAACGAGGUCAACUCGGAUCUGGAUCUGGAGAACAGCGAGCCGAAGUCGGCCACCCCCGCGGAACUGAUCCUCCAGCGCUGCCAGAUCGCAGCCACCCAGAUUGUCUGUGGCCCCUCGCAAUCCCAGCCAGCCGCAUCCCAGGUGGAGUCUCCCUCGGCGGAUCAGCCACGCGAUUGUCUUGCACCUCAAAAGCCCGGCGAUGAGGCCGACGAGGAGCUAGAGGAGGAGGACGAGGACGAGGACCCCGAUCCGGGCGCCGACGUGGUGGACUUCCUGAUCGCCAAGCGGUCGUGGAGACAGGCGAACCACCCGCACCCGCACCCCAGUGGGGCAGCCACCCUGACCGACUUUGAGGCAGACUCUGAGAGCAGCGACUUCGAGCAGGUGCGGCAGCUGGGAGGCAGAAGGGGAGUGCCAGUGGCGGCGACAAGCUCCCGCAGGGUCCUCCUGCACCUCGCAGAGAUGCCGCAGGGCAGCGGCGGCAACCUCACCGGCAGCGGCAGCAACGCGCUGCUGCAGCAGCGACACCACAACAUCGGCGGCAAGAUGCUGCCCAGCAAGGCGCACAACAAGAACAUCGCCGUGGCGGUGAUCACGCCCAACUCGCAUGGGAACACCAGUCACGGUCACGGUAACGGGAUGGGUCACGGACUCGGUCACGAGCUGAACAAGAGUCCGCUGGGACUGCGGAAGACGCGCCACCACCACAGCGACACCUCCAAGUUCAACCGCUCGAACCGCAAGUCGAAGAACUGCGCGAUCUUCUACUUCAAGCACCUGGACACGGACAACGAGCAGGGCAACGCGGCGGGCAGCGACCUGCAGAGCGAGGACGAUCCGUGCCUGAUCCGCCGGCGAGCGGAUCCAGUGGCCAGUGUAGCUGGCGGCGACAUACUGAAGUCGGCUGAUGCCUCAACGGAUGACGACGACGAAGGUUGGCUCUACACGGCGACAGCAGCAGCAGCAUUGGAAGUUGCCUCAGCAGCAACAGCAACGGCAACAUCAACAUCAAGUGCCGCGGUGGACGGUCUGCAGUCCACGGCCGUCUCCUCUACGACGGCAACGGGUGGAGCACUCCCGCCCAGCGACGACUCCGAUAAGGAGAACGAGGAGGCUUCGGUCAGCACCACCAGCCAGCAGAUCGUGGCAGCAUCGGCAGCAGCAGCAAUAUCGCACAGCAGCAACUACGACAGCAGCAGCGCCUGCUCCUCCUCGAACUCAAAUUCAAAUUCAAACUCGAACUCAAACGGCAGGCACACGGAGACCUCGGCCACGUCGCGAGUCACCCAGCUGCAGAUGCAGAUCCACUCACACUCACAUUCGCACUCGCAGAUGCAGAUGGAGUUCCAAAUCAAUGGCAAUGCCAGCGAUGGCAGACACGUCAUUAGCAACAACAAUUGCUACAGCAGCGUGCAACAUCAGCAACAUCAGCAACAUGAGCAGCAAAACAACAACGAGGGGGAGGCAGCCGAGGAUCUGGCCAAGAUCAAGAUGGGCGUCGAUGAGACAACUGCUGAUAUGGCAAAUGGAAACGCCAGCAAAUCCCAGCAGAUGAACAACAGCUUCUACAGCCGAGCGGACAUCUGCAACAUCAGCGUGUGGCCAGCAGAAACCGUGGCCAGUUGCCACUUGCCGCCGAGAUCGCCGGCCAAGUCGGCCAAGUCGUCCAAGUCGCAGGCCAGCAGCAGCAACGCCACCAUGUCCGCAUCCAUGAUGCACAGCUCGCCAGCCAAGGGCAAGGUCUCGCAUGAUUCAAUCAAGCAGUUGGUGCUGGAAGCCGAGCAUUUGGUGCGCGACGCCCAAGAGGCCGCUCUGAAGACGCCAACCAAGCAGAAACAUUCCAUCAUUAAGAUCUCGUCGACGGUCAAGAAGCGCGAGGUCACCAUGCCGCAUCCCAUCAAGCAGCGCGUGGAGGAGUGGCUGGAGCACCAGCCCUCGACCCCACAGCUGCUCACCCGUAGCCACACGCACGAACUCCUGCCGGGCUGCAAGCCCGACGACUGCGAGGCAUCCGGAGAGGCCUCCGAGACGGACUCGGUGCCCCAGGGAGGAGCUGGCGCGGCAGGAGGAGCGGCGAACGGCGGCGGCGGGUCGGACACCUCGGAGGGAUUCACCGAUUCCAUUGCCACCUGUAUGCAAACGAGCACGAAUUCCUACGGGAAUUCCACGGAGCGGAUCGGUGGGUCAGCGGAGCCCAUUGGCCAGCCGGCCACGCCCUCGGGCUUCGGCAGCAGCAACCAGAGCCUGAACGUGAAGAUCGUGAAGCGGCCGCAGACGCGCCGCAAGUCGGAGCGGCCGUGGUCUGUCUCCUGCCUCUCCCAGUUGACCACGGACGCGGCCCAGCUGACCACGGCGCGGAUCGUGGAGCACUCGCCGCCCGGGCUGGCCAGCCACUCGAUCAGCGAGAGCGCCUUGGACUCGCUCUCGCCGGGACCCAGGCCGCGGGCCGCUUCUUCCUCGGGAACGGGAAGCAACGCGGCCAGGAAGGCGGACAGCAAGGGCUCCCUGCGGAGGCGCAAGGCCCGCAAGAAGCGCAUCUCGGCGGCAUCGGCCGCCUCGGGGAGGAAGUCGGACUCGGGCUCCGAGCUGGGCGGGGACCUCACCCAGACGCUGAUGAAGUCCUGCGAGUCGAUGUCCUCGCAGCAGCUGCAGGAGUUCACCAACGCGCUGCUGAGCAUCCAGAGCAUCCAGAAGGGAGCCGCCAUCGCCCCCUCGAGUCCCAAGGGGGAGCCUCCGGGUGUCGUGUGCCUGCAGGCGGAGGGCGAGGCGGGGGAGAGCCAGCUGAUGCUGCCCAAGUUCCGCGUGGGAUCCUUCACCACGGCCGGUCUGCUGGCCAGCGAGACGCGGCUGGGCGCCCUGGCAGCGCUCUCGAACUACAUGAACGAGGACGAGCAGCAAGCAGAACUGAGCACCGAGGACCACCACAGCAGCAUCUCGGAGACGGCCUGGGACAACUACCAAGAGAAGUACAACUCGGAGAACUACUCCGAGGGCUUCGACUCGGAUGCAGCGCGGCGUCUCUUGGAAUUCGGCGAUGACUAUCGCAAUUUCAUCGACUCGCAGUCGGACUGCUGCAGUUCCCUCUCGGCGGCCAACAAUCUGGACUCGUUCUCGCCGCCGCGCAUGGACUCGCUGCAGAAGCACGAGCUGAAGACCCUCCACAUCAACCAGGACACGAUCAGCAGCAGCGUGGACCACGCCCGCCGCCAGCGCGCCUUGGAGCUGCAGUACGAGCGCCGUCGCAAGACCCUGGAAGUCAGGCGCAAGUCCUGUCAAGAUAUGGAUGAGACACCAGUGGGCAACGCACAGAAGGAGCAGCAGGCACAGCAGUUGCAGGCACAGCCCUCGCUCUCCGCCUCCGCCACCGCGCUGAUGACCACGCCCAAGGGCCAGUCAGUUGGCCAGCAGGUCGGCUAUCGCACGGAGUCCGUGGGCCGCAAGCUGGAGUUCGGCGGGAUGAGCCACUCGGCCCAGUCGCUGCUGCGGCGCACCUCGGAGAGCGAUACCUCGACCAGGAGGCGCCGCACCGUGACGGCGGACGAGCGGAGGCGCUCCUCCCGCAACCUGGAGAAGAGCAUCAAGCUGAUCCCGGCCACCACCUCCUCCUCGAGCGGCUCCGACUCGGAGGACGGGGAGCAGGAGAUGCGCUCCCUGCUGCAGCAGAGCCGCGACAGGCUGGACGACACGCGGGCGCUGAAGAUCAGGUGCCAUCUGCUCAGACCAGAGGAUUAUAACGAGAUCAUCAACACGUGCCGCGACAACAUCCGCUGCCUGGAGGCCGUGCUGCGCGGUCCGCCGGGCACCGUGCUGUCCAACCACUGCGCUGGCCAGACAAAAGAUCUGCUCGCCGCCUGGGAGGACCUGCUCGGCUGGAGCGAGAAUGCCUCCUCCGCCCGCAAGCUGCAGCAGGAGAUGAGCGUGCUGAAGCAAUCGCUGCAGCGCCUCGGCGACAAGCCCACCCCGGAACUGCUCGACACGGAGCCGGCCAUCCAGAUAGCAGUGGAGGCCCUCAAGCUGGAGCAGUCGCAACUGGCCAGCUACAGGACCAACAUGCUGCGUCUCAACGCCUCCGUCCACAGCUGGCUGACCAGGCAGGAGAGGCGUCUGCAGAGCGCCUUGGAGGAGCAGGAGCAGCAACAGCAGCAGCAGCAGGAGUCCGAACAACUCAAGCAGGAGGAGCAGACUGGCGCCGUCCAGAAGGAACUGGCGUCGAGCGGAGCGGUGGCCAUCACGGUCACCGACAGCAACGGCAACCAGGUGGAGGCACUGGCCACCGGAGAAGCCUCCACUUCCACUUCUACUAGCACUGCGGCCUGGGACGUCCACUCGCUGAUGUCCGCGGAGCAGGAGUUCCACAAGCACCUCAAGAACGAAGUGAGCGACAUGUACAGCGCCUGGGACGAGGCGGAUGCCAGGAUCAACACGCAACUGGAGAUGUUGACCAACUCGCUGAUUGCCUGGCGGCAGCUGGAGUCCGGCCUGAGUGAGUUCCACCUGGCCUUGGGCCAGGACAGGGGCACCCUGAAGGGUCUGGAGGGAGCGCUGGACAAGGGACAGGCCACCCCGGUGGAGCUGGCCCAGAACGUGAAGCUCGUGGCGAAGCUGCUGUCCGAGAAGGUGCACGUCAGCCAGGAGCAGCUCCUGGCCGUGCAGCAGCACCUGGACCCCAACCACAUCUACCACAUCGCCAAGUUCACGGCCUCCAAUGGCUCGCUGUCGGACUCGGGCAUCUCCGACGGAGGCGCCACCUCCGAUGGCGGUUUGUCCGAGCGGGAGAGACGCCUCGGAGUCCUGCGCCGACUGGCCAAGCAGCUGGAGUUGGCUUUAGCCCCGGGAAGCGAGGCCAUGCGCUCGAUCGCCGCCCGAAUGGAGAGUGCCGAGGCCGAGCUGAAGUACCUACAGAACACCUGCCGCGACCUCAUCGUGCGCACGGCAGCCAGCCACCAGCAGAAGCAGCAAACCCAGCAGACCCACCAGAACCAGAGCCACCAGGUGUCGCCGAAGGCCAAUGGCCAGGUGAAGAAGCAGGCUGCCAAGGGCAACGGCCACCCACACUCGCCAGGAAAACGCGGCAAGGGAGCUCGCAAAGCGAGGCAGGCCAAGAGCGCUGGAGAGAGUCAGCAGGAGGAGGAGCAGGAGCUCAGCCCGGAGCAGCGGGCGGCGGUGCUGAAGCAGUUCACGUCCCUGGCCAGCGGCGACGGAGGCGACGACCCCUCCGACGAUCCCUCGCUGCUCCUCAGCCUGGACAGCUCCGGGGAGGACGCCGAGGAGGCGGAUGCCGCCGAGGGCAGCAAGCGCGGGUGGGCGUGGCGCAUCGCCAGGGCGGCGGUGCCCAUGCAGGUGGCCCUGUUCACCAUCUUCUGCGCCGCCUGCCUAAUGCAGCCCAACUGCUGCGACAACCUGAACAACCUGUCCAUGAGCUUCACGCCCCAGCUGCGCUACAUCCGCGGACCUCCUCCGAUCUGAGUUGCGAUCACCGGAAGGGCUUAACUUAUCUAAGCAGGCCGCCAAUCUUUGUAGGCUACCGUUACUUACGUUAAGGCAUUUAACAGCUGUAACUAGAGUUAACCAGCGCCACUUGGGCACCGCCACUUGGGCAGAGCAGCAGCUCGCCCUUGGCGCUCGUCUCCCGCGCUCGAGGUUUUAUAAGGCAGAACAGAGCGCUCUGCUCCGAAAGGAGCGACACGCAGAGGCAGCCCCAUUUUAUAUGUCUAAUUAAGGUAGCGAGCGCGAAUGGAACGCGAUUUAUAGUAAGGAUGUAUUGUUAUUUCGGUUAGUUUCCUACGAGUUUAGGUUGCAGUUCGAUUGAACAUUGGAGACGUACUUAGCGACGGCGACGGCGGAGGAGCAUCCCACGCCCAGCCACUUGCAAACUGCCGCAUAAAGGAACAGAAGGGAGCAGCCUCCCCGAAUCCCUACCCAGUUAAUAUUUAGAAAGCAGGAUGAUCAACUGAUUGGCGUUUUAGUAUAUGAGUACUUUUUUGUUUGAAAAACACUGAAGUGCCUACAAAUGCGAACUGUGAACGAGGAGCUACCAGCAGAGCAGCAGAGGACGAAGAUCCGAAGGGAGGUCCACAUGAGAGUAUCAAUCCAAGGCAAGGAGCGAAGAGAAGCUACACGCCAACCACACUAGAGGAGCUAAUGAAGCUAACCACAACAGCGAUUGAGAUCCAGAGUUUAUAUUUUUAUACGCAACGCAACUAUACACAAUCAGUGCGAGGACAACGACUCUUCAAACCACACACAUCAUACUUUUUAUGUCUAUUAUAUUAAUAGGGUAACGUUAAAUUUAUUUUGCAAGCAGAAAAAUUCAAGAAAAAAAAUUCUACAAAUUAUUUUUAAGGUUUACAUACUUUGUGCGUUUUCAAAACUUUAAAUUGUCAGUAAAAAGAACAAAACACCAUUUAUACAAAAAAACACAUUGAAUAAAAAAAUAUUGAGAAUAACUUUAUUGUUUUUCCUUGUUCAUCUUAUUUAAUAUGGAGUUGCAUUAUUAGACGAGAAUAAAAAUAAAAUGAAAUGAA